AUGUCCCAGCACCGGGGGAAAAAAAGCGCGGAGGCAAAAGAUAAAUCAGCCUUCUUUGCGGCUCGCACGCCGCAGUCUAAAAUUGCCGACACACAAAUCCAAGAUGGCGCCGACCCGGACUUUGAACCGGAACAUGACCCCACAGUGAGUAAUCCAGACGAUUGCCCCCUGACUCAGAGCCUCCUGCAAUCCAUGCUAGAUGGUGCAGUUACUAAAAUGCAAGCUACGUUUACAGCAGCCCUCAGUGAUAUAAGAAAAGGCUUCCAAGAACUGGAAACCCGGACCUCUCAUCUUGAGGACACUGUGGGGGGCCUCAUGGGAGCCCAAAAUGAAUAUGAUACAUGCCUCAGCAAAAUUGAGGAACAGCUCCAUAACCAGGAGACCAAAAUAGCGGACGCAGAAGACAGAUCACGCCGCAAUAAUAUUCGAUUAAGGGGAGUACCUGAGGAAAUUGCGCCACACAACUUAACAGCCUUCGCCGUGGAGCUCUUCCACGUUUUACUUCCCGACAUUCCCGCAGAAAUGUUCCUGCUGGACUGCAUACAUAGGCUUCCUAAGCCACAACACCUGGCACCAUCCACUCCAAGGGACGUCCUCAUGAGACUCCACUACUUCCAUAUCAAGGACCAAAUAUUGCGAGCUCACCGCAACAAAAAGGACUUACCCACUCAAUUCAAAGAUGUCCUCAUGUUUAUGGACCUCUCAGCAGAGACUCUACGUCGCAGACGCUCAUUCAAAGCCGUAGCAGACACACUGAGGCACCACCAUGUGCCGUACCGCUGGGGAUACCCGGCAAAACUGCUCAUAUCGAAAGGCGGGAAGCUCAUCUCAGCAUCCACACCAGCAGAAGGCCUGAACCUCUUGCAACAAUGGGAUAUGUCCCUGAAUACACAGCCGAAUCCCAAGAACCCCAGCAGACCGCCAUUUGAAAUCGGACGGCGUCAGAAGACGAGACGCACAUCUCCAAGAGAAGACUGA